AAAAGGAGAAACUGGGAACUUUCAGAACCCACGGCGCGUGGCUCCAAAAUCUGCAACACGUUGGGGAAAAGGCUAGGUGAGGAGCAUACUGCUGUUUAUGAGAGAGGCCCACGCAAACGCUGCAGUCGAUGUGACAAGGCACAGCCGUUUAUGACGCUUCGGCACAGCAAGGGCUGAAGAGGACUUGAGCGCGCAAUGCCGGACCUAAGAGGAAAAGUGGCCCUCAUAACUGGUGCCUCGGCGGGAAUUGGCGAAUGCACGGCUAAGCACUUUGCCUCUCUUGGAUGUUGGUUGUCCUUGACUGGGCGGAACACAGCGAAUCUAGAGAGAGUGGCUGAGGCUUGCUGCGCACAGGGACUUCCUCGAGACAAGGUGCUGGUCGUACCCGGUGACGUAGCGGUGGAAAGGGAUGUCGAAAAUGUGGUGCUGAAGACGGCGAAGCACUUCGGCAAACUUGAUAUUCUCGUUAACAAUGCUGGAAUUGCCGUGGCAGGAUCCAUUCAAAGUACCUCAAUUGAAGUGUUUAACAGAGUGUGGGCGACGAACUUCCUCGGUUCGCUAUGCAUGAUCAAAAACGCUGUACCCUACUUGCGUCAAACUAAAGGUAGCAUCGUGAACAUUUCCACCGCCGGAUCGUUGACUGCGGUUCAGAUGGCCGUGCCUUACGUAAUCAGCAAAGCGGCGCUGGACCACCUGACACGAUGCGCCGCACUAGAGAAUGCUCCCUAUGGUGUCCGUGUGAACUCAAUCAAUCCAGCCUAUAUCAACACAUUGAUUGGGAAAACACCUGCGGUCAGCAUCGAGGAAUACAUGGAGAUCUUCGAGAAUAUGAACGCUGAUAAGCACGCGCUUGGCCGAGUGGGUACGCCGGAAGAAGUGGCCCGCUGCAUCGCCUUCCUGGCAUCCGACGAUGCUGCGUUCGUCACGGGGUUCACAAUGCCUGUCGAUGGGGGCUUGCUCCUUCUGUCCAGCGUCUCGGGUUCCGCCCCAACGCUGGAUGCCCAGAAGGCUGCAUGAGAAGCCAAGAACGAGACCUUGCUGUGCUGCCAGGUUACACUGCAAAAACCAAGGAAAUUCUGGCAAUCCCCUUUUCAUAAAGAAUUCCCCCGCCUUGCAAUUACCUCUGUCUUUUUAGAGACCCGCGCUCAUUGAAAGCAGUACUUUCACCCUGUUUGGGCCAUGGAGGGCAAAACAAGGACAAAUACUGGGCUCUCGAAUGCAGCUGAAUAUAGUGGGCGAGCAGUUUCUCCUGGAAAAGUUAAUUUCCCACAAGUAUUAACUGUUAUAUUGGAGGGUGCACGUACAUUAUUGAAACUUCGUUGAGUACUUUAUGCACCAAGCGAAAUAAAAAUAUGUGCGCUA